AUGAAGUUUGCUCGCGCCUUUUCCACCAACGGCGUCCCCGCCAAAAAGGUCAAAUAUGUCCCUACCUCGGGCACCUAUCCCAAAGGCUUCUCAGCCGCGGGUAUCUUCUGCGGCGUGAAGCCUGGAAACACGAGUAAACCGGACAUUGCUCUCGUCACAUCAGACCGCGACUGUGCCGCCGCUGCCGUCUUCACCAAGAACAAGUUUCAGGCUGCUCCGGUCACCUUUAGUCGAAAAUUGCUGCAGAGCAAGUCCAAUGCUGGCCUGCGCAGCGUCAUUGUCAACUCUGGCAACGCCAAUGCGGUGACCGGCAUCGGAGGUCUGCAAGAUGCGGCCAAGAUGGCUGAGACGACGGACCAGAGGGUCGGAACCGAGGACUCUACCAUCGUGAUGAGCACUGGUGUCAUCGGCCAGAGGCUGCCGAUUCAAAAGAUUGUGGACCACAUUCCGCUGGCCAUCCACCGGGCUGGUGAUACACACAAGGACUGGCUCAACUGCGCAACGGCCAUUUGCACAACAGACACGUUUCCCAAGCUCAUGUCCAAGUCGUUUGAGCUUCCUUCUUCGCCGGGCAUUGAAUACCGCAUUGCGGGCAUGACCAAGGGUGCCGGCAUGCUGGCACCCAACAUGGCUACCCUGUUGACGAUUUUGGCCACCGACGCUCCCAUUGCGCCCAGCAUCAUGACCAAUGUCCUCAGGCACGCCGUGGACCGGUCGUUCAACUCCAUCACUGUUGACGGCGAUACCUCUACCAACGACACUGUCGCCUUGUUGGCGAAUGGUGCUGCGGGUGGCAACGAGGUUUCGUCUGAGCAGUCCCCCGACUACCAGGCCUUCCAGACCGUCCUGACCGACUUUGCUACCGAUUUGGCCAAGUACAUUGUCCGCGACGGCGAAGGCGCUACCAAAUUCGUCACCAUUCGCGUGGUGGACAGCGCAUCGGAGGAGUCAGCCCGCCAAGUCGCACGAUCCAUUGCCCUUUCGCCGCUGGUCAAGACUGCCCUGUACGGCAGAGAUGCCAAUUGGGGUCGUAUCCUGUGCGCUGCUGGCUACGCACUGAUUUCGAAGCCCGGCCAGCCCGUGAAUGAUGUGCCCGAGAUUGUUCCCGAGAAGACCAGCGUCUCCUUUAUUCCCACCGACGGAUCCAAGGAGCUCAAGCUGCUGGUGAAUGGCGAACCGGAGGUGGUGGACGAGAAGCGGGCGAGUGAGAUUCUUGAGAUGGAGGACCUUGAGAUUCUGGUUACGCUUGGCACGGGUAACGCGAGCACCGUGCACUGGACAUGCGACUUUAGCCACGACUACGUUACGAUCAAUGGGGAUUAUCGGACGUGA